AUGGCUUCGCCCAGAACCUACCCGACACCUACUCUACUACUACUACAGCCUGCAACGCCGGCUGGUUCCGGUGGCGGAAGAACCGUCGGAGGUUACCUGUUGACGCGAGUCGAAGGUAAAAUUGGAUCUCCCGAGAAGCCACUGUCCGAUCUGGGUCUGAUCUCGUACCGGUCCUACUGGAAGGACGUUCUGCUGGCGUACCUAUGCUCACGACCUGGGACGACGCUGAGCAUCAAGGAUAUCUCGCAGGAAAUGGCUAUCAAUUCCUACGAUAUCGUCAGCACACUCCAGGCCCUUGGAAUGAUGAAGUACUGGAAGGGUAAACACAUUAUACUCAAGAAGCAGGACGUGCUCGAGGAGUACGAGGAGCGGGUGAAGCGGCGCGGCAACAUGCCCAAGAUUGACCCGGCCUGCCUCAAGUGGACCCCGUUUGUGGCGCCAACGCCGUCGACGCCAUCCUCCUAGCGCCAGUCGUACCACCACCACCACCAUCAUCAUCAUCACUCCUCGCUUCAUCACCACCAGCACCACAAUCCGUACGGGUCGUACGGGUCGUACUCGAAUCCGUUCGUCAACCAGUACCAUCAGUAUCCGUAUUCGCACCAUCACUUUAGCCAGUACUACAAUAAUAACAAUUAUUUGG